AUGGCUCCAGCUAACAAGAUUGCGGAUAUCUUCAAUGUGGAUGGCCUUGUUGCUGUUAUUACUGGAGGGGGGAGUGGCCUUGGCCUGUACGCCGCUCGAGCAUUGGACGCCAACGGGGCAAAAGCUGUAUAUAUUGUCGGCCGUAGGGAGCAGUCGCUGAAGGAAGCAGCCGCCACCGCCGCUAAUGGCAACAUCAUCCCUAUUGUCGGUGAUGUGUCGGACAAGGAGUCUCUGAAGAAGGUUGCAGAUCAAGUGCGGAAGGAACAAGGAUUCGUCAACCUCCUGUUUGCCAACGCAGGCAUUGGUGGCCCGAAUCAUGCCUCUGCCCUGGAGAAGGAGGAUGGAAGCAAGUCGACGAUUCAGGAGGUGCAACAGAAGCUGUUCGAGCCUUCCAUGGAGGAUUUUACUAGGGCAUUACACGUCAAUAAUACGGCUGUGUUCUAUACCACUGUCGCAUUCUUGGACCUCUUGGACGCUGGCAACAAGAAGCACAACGUCCCACAAGACUCACAAGUCUUGGUGACCGGUUCUGUUGCUGGCUUGAGCAGACACCUAAACUCCAGCUUCUCGUAUUCGACGUCCAAAGCAGCAGUCACCAGUCUGGUGAAGAUGCUCUCCACGUUUUUCUCGCAGAAUGGGUUCCAUAUCCGCGCCAAUCUUAUUGCCCCUGGUCUGUAUCCUAGUGAGAUGACGGAAGGGCACACAAAAACAAUGGAGAAGCUGCAAGGUGUGACUAGCCACGAGAAUGCCUACGAUGGUGCAUACAAGAUGGAAAAGAAAGAGUCUCCUUCGGAACGGACAGGAAGCGAAGAGGACUUCGCUGGUGUCGUGCUCUUCUUGGCUAGCAGAGCUGGAUCUUAUAUCAACGGAGAGACACUCCUGACUGAUGGUGGCAGAUUGAGUCAACUACCAGCAACAUAUUAA